AUGGGCCAGCAGCGAAUUCAAGUGCUCCGUGACCUCGUGUCACGAUCACUGCCCUUCAACCGUUCGCGCCUGCCGCGCUUCGCAAGGACGGAUUCCACUCCUCUUGCCGUUAUCGUUGCCAUGACUUACGCAGCAAGGCUGUCGAUGGGAGGGCGCCAAACGAUGUCCGAGUCAAGCAGCCUAUACGAAUCCAAACAGGAUGUGCACCACAUGGACGGUGUAACAAGAAUGUGCGCGUCGUUGGAAAAGGUAUAG